GCCACGAGGUCGGGAGCAUGGCUCGUAUCCACGGUGCGCAGAUCAUCAUCAUCUACCUGCGCAACUUGAGCCUCGUCGUCGCGAUCCUGUCGCUUGUCUCGCGCAUCGUGCAUCACCUGGGCCCGUGGCGCAAGACGACGCACGAGACAGCCGCGCUUCUCUCGCGGCCAUCGCCCAUCAUCAUCCACGAAGUCACCACGUCCGAGGUGUUUGACUUGCCUGCCGACGUGCUCAGCUCGGUGUCAUCACCGACACUUGUCCAGCGGCAGUCGUCCUUGAUCCGCACGCAGUCCUUUCGAAGGGCGUAUGUAGCCAGCGCGCCGACGCCAUCGCCCGUCGUGCGAAAUUGGCGCCAGCGCGCCUUGCACUACAGCGUUCGCAUUUGCAAGAACGCGCUCGAAAACUGCGUGACGACGCUUGCGACGAUUCUCUUGACAGGCGCGAUGCUCGGUGUGUACCAGAGUCUGCAGGGCAUCGAGCCCCAAGUCGACUUUGCGACGUUUGUGCGGCAGCAGGUGCACCGCCUCAUACGCUAGCCCUAGUCGUCAUAGUAUAUGUGUCGACCUAUUUACCAGUA